AUGGCUGCUCCCGUGAUGACCGUGUCAGAGUCCAAGGACCUCAGAGGUCUCAACCUCAUCGCGGCUCAUUCUCAUAUUCGUGGUCUCGGUGUUGAUGCGACUACUCUGGAGCCCAGGGCAUCGUCUCAGGGCCUCGUUGGACAGGAGAAGGCGCGAAAAGCUGCUGCUGUCAUGCUACAAAUGAUCAAGGAAGGAAAGAUUGCAGGCCGAGCGGUUCUUAUUGCAGGACCCCCUAGCACUGGAAAGACCGCCAUUGCCAUGGGUAUGGCACAAUCUCUCGGCCCCGAUGUCCCUUUCACAACCCUUGCAUCUUCAGAAAUCUUUUCGCUGGAAAUGUCCAAGACCGAAGCCCUCACACAAGCUUUCCGAAAGUCGAUCGGCGUACGAAUAAAGGAAGAGAGCGAAAUCAUGGAGGGAGAAGUUGUUGAGAUUCAAAUUGACCGCAGUGUCACUGGUAGCGCCAAGCAGGGAAAAUUGACCAUCAAGACAACCGACAUGGAGGCAGUGUAUGAUAUGGGUAGCAAGAUGAUCGAUGCCAUGACCAAGGAACGCGUUAUGGCUGGCGAUAUCAUCUCGAUCGACAAGUCUUCUGGUAAGAUCACCAAACUUGGCCGAUCCUACGCCCGAUCUCGCGACUAUGAUGCCAUGGGCGUCGAUACAAAGUUUCUUCAAUGCCCCGACGGAGAACUUCAGAAGAGAAAGGAAGUUGUGCAUACUGUUACUCUUCACGAAAUCGACGUCAUCAAUUCGCGGACGCAGGGCUUCCUAGCUCUAUUUUCAGGCGAUACUGGAGAAAUUCGCAGCGAGAUUCGAGAUCAGAUUAACACCAAGGUUGGCGAGUGGAAGGAAGAGGGCAAGGCUGAGAUCGUUCCUGGCGUGUUGUUCAUUGACGAAGUUCACAUGCUUGAUAUUGAGUGCUUCUCAUACAUCAACCGAGCUCUCGAGGACGACCUGGCCCCUGUGGUCAUUAUGGCCAGCAACAGAGGCAACUCGCGCAUUCGCGGCACCGAUUAUCGCAGCCCCCACGGGCUACCUCUCGACUUUUUGGACCGAGUUGCCAUCAUUAACACGCACUCCUACACCCCGGAGGAGAUCAAGCAAAUUCUAUCUAUUCGAGCGCAAGAAGAAGAGGUCGACGUACAUCCCGACGCUCUCGCCCUCCUUACAAAGAUCGGCCAGGAGGCAGGCCUUCGUUACGCUAGCAAUCUUAUCACCACCUCGCAGCUCGUCUCCGCUAAGCGGAAGUCCAAGCAGGUCGAAGUCGGCGAUGUGCAACGUAGCUUCCAGCUCUUCUAUGACCCUGCGCGUAGCAUCAAGUUUGUAGCCGAAUCCGAAAAGCGUUUGAUCGGCAACACUGGUGCAGUGGAUUUCUCAGUAGGCGCUGCUGUAAGCAACGGCGAAGAGAAGAUGGAUCUUAGUUAA